CAAGAAAGUAUAUUUACGCUAUUUAUAUUGACCUCCUUUCUGUAUAAAGUUCAUUCGAUAUUUCCGCUUUUCACUCUUUAUAUCGCUCUAUCUCUUUCUCCCCUCUUCUAAGUAUAUGUAUGUGUAUCUUUUUCACUUUAAGUGUAGAUAGUGCAAAAACAAACCUAUAGGUGAUGCAGUCGCGUUGCCUAUGAAAGAGUUCGCGUCAAUAUAUACAGAUGUUCGUUUAGUUCUACAAAUUGUUCAACAGUGAGUACAGUGUAUAAUUGUUGAGGCUGCAAGAUGACUUCGUUCGGUCGUGGUCGUGGAUGGUAUCUUCAGAACAGAGAGCAGGAUCUUCGUAGACCAGGAAGUAUAUCUUGUACCAAUGAUGUUGUCAAAGACAUAUUAGAAAAAUUAAGCAGCUAUGAACAAGUUACGCCACAGUUGAUUCAAGAGAUCACAGAUCUGAUAACUAGUCCAACCAACAAGGAAAGCCUCAGAGAGACAUGUAAUAUGCUUUUGAAACAAUCCAUACUCAACAACUCCUUUACUACAAAGCUAGCGAUGAUAUUUAGUGACAACAAAGUCGCUUUCAUAAAAGAUUCAAAUAAUGAAAUUAUACGAAAUCAUUUAUUACGUUUUCUGCAAGAUAAUUAUAUGUCUAGAGAAAAAAAUCGAAUGGAGGAUAAAAAGAUAUUUGCGAAUAUAGUUUUACUUCAUGCAGAAGUUUAUUAUAACAUGAGGCUGAAUAAUGGUAAUAGAUUGAAAAUAUUAGCUAGACCUUUAGUUCGUUAUUUAGAAGAUCUAAUACAAAAUAGUGUUGAAGAUAAUAUUGACUUUAUCAUGAUACAGCUACUCAGAUCUGGUCAAGAUCUUUGGGCAGCAGGUCCAAAACAAUUGGAGGAAUUUUUGAUGAUAAUUAGGCAAGCAUUAUUAAAAGAGAACAGUGAUAAUUCUCGAAAUCGUGCAGUGUUAUUGUUAUUAAUCGAUUUAGCCUAUAACAACUAUGAAAUUAAAGAUACACAUCUAAAAGAAUUUUAUACUUCAAACAUUAAAUCGCUCAUUUUCGACUAUCCAUUUUAUAAGGAGGAAUUCAAAGUAGGCCCAGAGACAGAGACAAAGAUUGGAAAUGUUUUAGAUAACAAUCCACCAGGGAACUUGCAACAAGUCGAUAACGUGCCUUCACAUCAAAUUUCAAAAGAAGAGGCCAAUGAAGUAUGUAACAAACAAAGUCACUCGAAAGGUCUUCAUAUUCCAAGGGCGAUACGUGGAACAGGUGGAUUAGAUACUAAAAGAGAGGAUGAUGUUAACACAAAGUUGAGCUCUAUGAAGAUCACGUCAAGGCAAAAGAAUGCUGAUUUCUGGGAUCAUGACGAUAGAUUUCACAAAGAUUACGAAUAGUGUGGAAGGUAAAGAUUUAUUUCAGUUUGAGUAAAAUCCAUAUAUAUCUGUAUGUAAAGAUCAUCUUUUUCGAGCGUUUAUAAAACUCUUUAUAUGAUAUUCUUAUUACAUUGCAGAAGUAAUAACUAGUGUAAUGAAACAUAUGAAUUUUAUUAACUGGUAUUAAUGAAUAAGUAUAAGUAACCAAAAAAGAAAUCUAUGAAAGAUCAUUGAUAAAUAUGUGAAAGUGAUUAAAUAUGAAACAGCAAAAAGACAUAACGGAUCUGUUCUUUUAACUGUACUUAUUCCUAAAUUCGCUUCUCUCUCUCUUUUUUUGUAUUCUCGAUUCUUUAUUACGUAUACUACUUUUGAAUACAGGAAGCGUACAGUUAAUAAAAGAUAUGUAGACAUACUCUGAGUGUAACAUAAUUGUUAUUUUUUUCAACACUGCUGUUUUGAUAUUUGAUCGAAAUUUUCAAAUGCGAUUUUCAUAUUUUAUAAAAACCAUAUCGCUGCUAAAAUAUUCAUUCACGAGACGUAAGAGAGAGUAAG